AUGGCUAGUGAUAUGGUUCAUAUUAUGAAUAAAAGUAAAGAGUUGGGUGAAAUAUUUAUGAACUAUUUUAAUAAUGACGCUUUAAGUAUUAAAUAUAUAAAUGAUUGUAAAAAUGGUGAUUCUCUAGAACUUUAUGGAUGUUUUUAUUUUGUUAAUUCGGACUCAAUUCGGAAUAGGGGUGGAGGUCAAAAUAGUGAGUCAGGAGAUUUUAUUGAAAAUAUAACAUUUUUAUCAUUUUGUUAUAUGAACAAGUUAAUAGAAAAAUAUUACAAUAAUUACAAUUAUGGUGACAAAAUAAAUAUUCGAAACAAUUUCAUUAAUGUUUUAUUUGGUUUAUCACUAGAGUUUAACCAUUCUAUAAAUAUGGACAUAUUAAAUAUAAAAGAGAAAUCUUUAGAGUUAUUUAAAAAAAAAUUAAUGGAAAUAUUUAUAAAUGAAAAUAAUAAUUAUUUGAUGUCAAAUUUUAUGAACUGUUCAGAUUGUUAUUUGAUUCGUUCAUAUUCAAAUUCAACAAAAAAUAAAUAUUCACAAAUAUUAAGCAUAAUAUGUAUGUAUAAUGAUUAUACAUAUUUUCGAUAUUUAUAUAAUUUUAUUUUAUAUUUUAUUGUUAUUUUUUUGAAAAAAAAAAUGGAAUAUAUUGCAUUACCAGGGAAAAAUCAAGAUCCAAUGGAGUUAAGACAAAAAAUUUAUGAAAUGUUUUUUAAACAAGAAAAUGAAGUAAAAAACAAAAAUGAAUAUUUUAGUGCAUUAUUACACAUUAGUAUAAAUUUUUUAAAAGAAAUAUUUUAUACAAUAACUAAUGAUAGUUUUACAAAUAUAUUAACAAGACACCAAUUUAACACAUUUAGAACAAUAAUAAUAAAUGAUAUAAAUGAAUUUUUUAAUUUUAUUUAUACAUGUUUUUAUUAUUUUAUUUUAUUAAAAAAAAAAAAUGAAUUUAUUUUAUUAAUGGAAUGUAUUAAGGAACUAUCCUUUUUUUCUCCAAUUUAUUUAUUUUUUACCAGUUCAUAUAUUUCACCUAUUAAUUUUUUACUAAAUGUUUUAGUUAUGCCGCUUCGCAAUGAAAAUAGUGUAAAUAGUGUAAAUAAUGAAAAUAGUGUAAAUAAUGAAAAUAGUGUAAAUAAUGAAAAUAGUGGAAAUAGUGAAAAUAGUGAAAAUAGUGAGAAUAUAACUUUUCUGAGUCCUGAUGGGUUCAACUGUUUAUAUACACGUUAUAUAUAUAGGCAAGGCCAGAAUAUGGAAUCAAUCGAAUUUUCAAAUUUAAAUAAAUGUAUUAAUAAUUUUGUUAGUGAUUCAAAUUUACAAGAAAUAAUAUUAACAACAUUUUCAAACAUAAUAGAAGGUGUAUCUAAAAUAAAUAAUAAAACAUUUUUCCAAAUUAAUGAAAAUGAACUUAUGAAUUUUUUAGAAAACUUUUUUAAUAUAGAUUUAAAUUAUUAUGAUAUAAAACAUUACAAUUUUGAAAAUGUGUAUAUUAAUAUGAUUAUGAGUUUAUCAGCUAUUCCAAUAUCUAACUAUAUACACAAAAAAGAAAAUCAAAUAAAAUGUAUAAAUAUUUAUAUGAUUAGUAUAUUUAAAAAUAUACAUCAUCCAAAUGUUAAUAUAUUAAUUAACAUUUUAAUUAUAUGUAAAAAUAUUUUUGAAAAAAAUCGAGAUUUAAUUUUUGUAAAAAAUAAUCAACUUGAUCAAAUUCAAAAUGAACAAAAUAAUAUUUACAAGUUAGAAAAAAAUGCAUUAUUAGAUGAUGAUAAUGCAAAGAAAUAUAAUCAAAAUUUAUUUAUAAUAUCUAUUGAAGAUUUAAAAAAAUUAUUUAUUCUUAUGUAUAUAAGAUAUAUAAAAAUACCAACAUAUAAAGAUUCAAAUUCUUUAAAUAAAAAAUUUAUGUUACAUUUUUUUAAUAGUUAUAUAACUGAAUAUAAUGAAGACUGGUUUGAUGCAUAUUAUAAAUAUGCUAUCCAUGAAAUAAAUAAUGAUGAUAUUAAUUUUCAAUUUGAAACAUGCUCAAAUAUUAUGACAAAAGAUAAUAACACAUCAUUCAAUAAUAUAUUAAGACAGCGGAUAUGUUUACUUAUGAAAACGAUAAUAAGUAUGAAUCAUGAAGUGUAUCAAAUAGCAAUUAACGUAUUUUCUGAUUUAUUUAAAUUUUAUAAUAAUAUAAAUGUUGAUAAUUUAUUUAAAGAAACGAAUAAAUGUAAAGAUUAUUUUAUUUAUUCCUUGUUGGAAAUGUAUUAUGAAAUGUUAACAUUUUUAAUUAAUACAUUAAAAGAUUGUAAAAAUAUAAUAAUGGAAGCAAAUCAUAAAAUUCAUGAGGAUAUCAUUUCGUAUCAACUUUCUACAUCUACAACAGAUUCUAAUAAUGAAAAUUGGGCAAAGAAUCAGUAUGUUCAAAAUAAAAAUAAUAUGUUAAAUUGUAUUGAUCAUGAAAUAGAUAAAUUGGUAACUUUUGAGAGGGAAAAUGAAAAAAUAAAAUUGAAUAAAAUGGGUGGAGACAAAAAUGGAAACAAAAUAAAUUUUGAAAAUAAACUAGAUGGUGGUGAGAAUAAACUAGAUGGUGGCGAAAGUGAAGAUAUAAAAAUUUUGAGAGAAGAAAAAAAUCGUAUUAAUUUAGUUUUGCAUAUUAUAAAAUGCAUAAAUAAAUAUAAAUCAUCUCCAUAUUAUGAAAUAGACAAUAAUUGUAUAAAUAAUUUAUUAACAUGUUAUAAAAAAAUAUCUGAAAAUGAUUUUAUAAAUUUUAUAAGUAUAUCAAAAAAUUUGAUUAUGUUUGAAAUAAAAAGAUUAGAAUUUAUUUCAGAAAAUUCAUAUAUAUUAAAUUAUACAAAAGAAUAUGCAUUUUUUAUGAUGGAAAAUUUAUUUAAAAUUAUUUUGCAAAAUGAUAACAACAUUAGUUUUGAAUUAAAAAAAAAUUAUUUUUCUAUAUUUUCAUCGAUUAUUGAAAAUUUAAAAAACCAUUUAACUAAUGAUGUGAUUCAUAACAUUUUGAAAACAUUUCUUGAGUGUAAGAAAUCUAUUACAUCUAUGGGAUCAGAAAAUGAAUCGAUUUUUUCUACAUCUACAUUUAAACAUAAUAAAGAAUUUUCGAUUUUUAUUCUUGUGUUAAUAUCAUCACUUAAUGUUGAUAAUAUAAAUGAUAACAUUGAAUAUAUUCAAAUUAUAAUGAAUGGAUCAAUCGAAUUUUUAAACAAUUUGAAUAAACAAGUUACUAACUUUCAAAAUCUUUACAAUUUUUUAUACACAGAUAAAAAUUCAUUAACUAAAGUAGAAUACUUAUUUGAUACAUAUAAAAUAGUACAAGAUUUUUUUUCACAAUUUUCUUAUAAAAAAAUUGAAAAAAAAAUUAGCAAAAAAAAUAUGAUAAAAUUAUCAAAUUGUCCAAAUUAUGGAAAUCUAGAACUAAAUAGUGAUAUAAUUUAUAAAUUAGCAAAUAAUAAUAUAUUAUUAAUAAAUGAAAACCCAAUCUUAAAAUUUUCUAUUGAUUUAUUUGCUAAUUCAAUAGCUAUAUUAUCUAUAUAUAAUGAAUUUAUACAUAACAAUAUAAACAGUUUAAUUUUUGAUACAUGCCCAACAUUUUAUUUAAAUAUCAAUUAUUUUUAUUUGGGAAAAAAAGAAAGAGAAUUAAUUAUUACAUAUAAAAACCAAUAUAAAAAUGGUAAAAAAGCUGCAUCAUUUUCAAAUGGCCAAGUAAAGAAUCGGACAAAAACUAGUAGUAAUAACCACGCCAAUAGCAACCACGCCAAUAGCAAUCGUGAUAAUAAUAACCAUGCCAAUAGCAACCAUGCCAAUUUGAAAAGAUUUGGGAAAUUGAAUUUUGUAUCAUUACAUGAAAAUGUAUGCAAUAUCAUAAAAAUAUAUAUAGAGGAAGAAUUUAUAUUUAUUAAUAAUCAUAUAUUAAAUAUCUUUAAUGAUAUUUUAUCUUUAGGCUUACAACAUAAUCCAUAUGUUUAUGUUAAUUAUAAUAUACUAUCAAUUUAUUUAUUUUUGAGUCAAAAAAUAAAACAUUUAAUUAUGAAUAAAAAUAUGAACGAGUUAAUAAUUGAUUGGUUCACUAAAAUAUUUUUGGUUUUUUUUGAAAAAAAAUAUAAUUAUUUUAAACAACAAGAUGAAUUUAUUAAAAAAGUGAAUUUACAUUUAAGCAAUGAAACAGAUAUUAGGGAAGAAGAAUAUUCAAUGUAUUAUGAUAUGUUAUAUAAAAAUAAAAAAUAUAUUUUGAAUUUUUUAAAAAUAUGCAAAAAUUUAUUUAUAAUACCUAAUGAGCUAAUUGUGUCUACAAAUUCUGGUCAUAAUAAUAAUUCCAAUAUAAUUAAAGAAAAUUUUGGAGAUAAAAAUAAAAUAUAUUUUUAUUAUUAUUUAUUUAAUAGUGAUAAAAUAGGUUUAUUCAAUUAUGUAUUACCAACAUUCGAAUAUCUUUUAAAUAGUUAUGAUUGCAAUAUUACUAAACAAUGUUUAUUAUGUCUUAUUGAUUUGUCUGAUUCAAUAUGUGUAUUGCCAACAUUUAAUUCUUCAACUAGCUUUUUUAUUUUAUUACAAAUUAUGAAAAUAAUUUUACAAGGGUUUUUAUUAUAUAACCCUCCAAUGUUAACAUUACAACAAAAUAUGAAUGAAAAAAAAAAUAUGAACAAUAUGAAUAUUUUAUUUACUCAACAUGACGAAAAUAAUAUAGAUAUAUACAUUGGAGAAAUGAGUAUAUUUACUAAAAAUGAUCCACAAGAAGUUAAUUCAUUUUUAAAUAUUUUUACAUCCGCAUUUAUUAAAAUAUGCAAAAAUUAUUUCCUUUUACAAAAAAAUAUUUUUAAUAAUAUAAGCGAAAAUACGAGCUUUAAUGAAUUAGUAAAUAUCGAGCCAACUAAACAGUUCAUAUUGUUAUUGCAAAAUCUGGAUAACUCAAAUAUGUUCGAUUUUCAAACUAUUGUUUCAGAUUUGAUCAAGCAAAAUUCCUCGGACUAUUUUAAAAACUUGUUGAUCAAUUUGAGAUUACAUAGAGCACAGAAAUGA